AACUCAUCUUCGUCUAUGGUUAAUGGUUUAUAUGAUAACUUUACUGAAGAAAACAUGGAAGAAUCUGAUGAAAAUAUAGAAACCAUAAUGGAUGUUGAUUCAUAUAAUGAUCGUGAUUCAUUGCUGUAUAGUGGUUAUGAUGAUACAAGAGAAACUAGUUUUCAGUACGACUUACCUCGAUACUCUUUGCGUAAUGAAUCAUUAAUGGUGAUUGAAGAUGAUGAUGAUGAUGUAGAUGAUGAUGAUUUGUUGAGUGACAACAGUGAUUGUGGAAUUAUAGAUGCAAGAAAAGAAUUGAAUAAGCGUACUUCAGGUAAAAUACCCGAAGAAAACAUUAUAGUGAGUGAUGAUUCAGAAGAUGAUUCUGAUGUUGAAAUAUAUGAUGAAAUGGUGCAAAUAAAGGAAAAUAAUGUAUCUGGUGCUACUAAAAAUACAAACUUAUUUACAAGACAAAAAGAAAAUAAUUCUUUAAACGUAAAGAAAUAUUUUGUUCCAAAACAUAACUCCUCUUUGGUGAAAUUCAAUCCUUUGAUAAAAUCUAACCAAUUUAAAAUAGCAUCCACAGCUACAGCUGACAGGCCAAAAACUAUAAUUACACGCUUAAGACCAGAGUCUUUAGGUAAUAUUGAAGUUGGUCGUAAAAAAAGUUGUUUGAAACCAAAACAACAAUUGAAAAUCACAUCUUCGAAGGAAUCAGAAUCAGAAGUUUAUUUUGUCCCACACAAUGGUAUGAAUUAUAUGAUAAGCAAAAGAAUGCCUACAAAACCAUUGUUAAAGUCUAAUUCUUCCUUAUCACCUACAUUAAAAACAUCUGGUACUGUAAUUAGACCAAAUGAACAAACAAAACAAUUUAUGGUCAUGUCGUCAAAAGAUGCAUUAAAGGGUAAAAAUAAAGAAGACUCAAAGUUCAUAUCUCGAAUGCAACCAGUCUCUGAGGGAAAAUAUAAAAUGGUAACAAAUCAAGGACAGGUACCCAAUAGUUUUGAAAGUGUAUUCAAACGUAACCAUAAUUUUACUAAACAAAAAUUGGCUACAAAUCCUUCUCCAAAUGGGCAUAAAGUUGAUUAUUUUCAUUUAGGAAAUCCAUAUAAAUUUGCAAAUAUUAAGGAAACUGGAAAUGUUCAGCAUAAAAUACUUGAUGUGCCAGCUGUAAAGUCUUCUUGGAGUAAAAUGUCUAGACAAAAUGAACUUAGCAAUGAGAGUAGAAAUAAAAAGUUUAUUCCUCAUACUGUUACAAGUAAAGAUUCAAUAGAAAAGGAUUCUAAUAUUUUUGUAAAAAAUGGGGAGGUUAAAAUGAAUACAAAUUAUCACCAGAAAAUGAGUACUUCGCCUAGGUUUAUUAAGCUGUCAUCAAAUUCAGCAUCUUUGAAGCAAUCAGAUAGUCUACCGUUAAGUUGUGCUAGAUAUGGUAAAAUAACUAAAAAUGAUCAUAAAACAAUUCAGUUUUUAUCUGCAAACUCUCUUACAAAAUCUAAUACAAAAUUGAACUCUUAUGAAAUGCUAAAAGAUGGAAGUGAUGAUUCAAGUGGCCCUGAUGAUGAAAUAAUAAAUAAUUCAAAUUUUAGAAGAGCAGUUGAAGAACCUUCAAAUAAGUAUAAAGUACCAUUGUGUGACGAAAUUAUUGAUUUAGAUGCUCAGACUGACUCUUCUGAUGAAGAUGAUACAUCUGAUCAGUUUAUUUCUUGCAAAUAUGAAUAUUGUGAUACAUUGGUGUAUGAACCUGAACUAAUUGAUGAUUUAUACUGUAGUUUUACAUGUAAAAAUUUAGACUUAAAACAAACUGAAACAGCAACUGAAGAAGAACAUUUUGUUGAUGAAUCUUCCAAUGUAUCCAAAAACACUACUGUUGACCGAAAACACCUUUUAACAAAAUUGGAAAAUAGAAUACAUAAAAGGAAACAAUUGUUAACAAAUUCUUGUCCAGCAGAAAUAAUUACAGAAAAUGACGAUUUUAAUACACAGCUAAAAAAUUUUUUUAAUAAACCAUCAGAAGAUGAAAAUCAAUCUCUAAACUCAUCACUGCCAAUGAGUUGUCCAAUAGUGAUAGAUGAUGAUGAUGAUGAUGAUGAGGAUGAGGAUGAGGAUGAUAACUAUUUUGAUCUAAAACCUCUCAUAGAAGAUAAAGAUGUAUUAAAAUAUAUGACAGGGCUGCAAUUUAGAUCUGCCCCUAAAAAAUUGUUUGAUAGACCUUUUCCCACUGAAAAGAACUUCUUUGUAGUAGGACAAAAACUAGAAGGCAUUGAUCCCAAACACGAAGCACUAUUCUGUGUUAUGACUGUAUCAGAAGUUUGUGGAUACCGCAUCAAAUUACAUUUUGAUGGUUAUGAGGAUGAUUAUGAUUUUUGGGUAAAUGCAGAUUGUCCAGAUUUGUUUCAUCCGGGAUGGUGUGAAAUGAAUUCACGCAUUCUACAACCACCAUACAGUUAUGAAAAUGCAUUUGAUUGGAUUAGUUACCUUAGAGAAUGUCAAGCCCUACCUGCUCCAAAACGCAAUUUCGUCUCAACUAAAAACCUUAAUAGUUGUAAAAAUCAACACAAAUUUCAUAUUGGAGGUAAAUUAGAAGCAUUAGAUAAAUUAACUCGUACACUUCCAAAACAGUUAAUAUGUGUUGCCACUGUUGCUGAUAUAUUGGGUAACCGUGUUCGUAUUCAUUUUGAUGGGUGGACAGAUGAUUUUGAUUAUUGGGUAGAUAUUACAUCAACUAAUAUACAUCCAGUAAAAUGGUGUGAUAACAAUGGUCGAACCCUGUCUCCGCCUAGUGGUUAUAAUGAUAUGAAAGGAAGAAGACCUUUUGAUUGGAUUGAAUACUUAGUAGAGACAAAUAGUAAACCUGUUCCUGAAGAUGCAUUUAUUCGUAGACCUUUACGAGAUUUUUCUAACAAUAUGAUUAUUGAGGUUGUUGAUCUUGUUGUUCCAAGACUAUUGAGAAUUGCUAAGGUAGUAGAUGUUAGAGGCGAUGAACUAAAAAUUGUUUAUGAUGGAUUUGAUAAUGAUUAUGCAUACUGGGUUGAAGAUGAUAGUCCAGAUAUACAUCCUGUUGGAUGGUCGUCCAAAACUAACCAUCCAAUUGAACUGCCUCCAGCAUAUAAUACACUCUGGAGUUGCAAUAUUCGUGGUUGUAAAGGUAAAGGCAAUUCAUCAAAUAAUUUGAAAAUGGAUCAUGACGAAUUAAUAGAUUGUCCAUAUGAAAUGGAUUCAUGGAAAACAGCGGUUGCUGGGUUGGCUAAGAUGCCUGAUCGAUUGAAAGCUCAUAAUGUUAUAAUUAACACAACAUUGCCAAGUUCAAAAAUUAAAACUGAUGAAAAUAAGAAAAAACCCAGAAUAAAUACAGAACAUAUGAAUAUGGCUAGAAUCAGAGAAAAAAUAAAUGGAAAAAGAUUAAAUUUGCUGUUGAAUGCAGCCGAUGAACCAGAAUGUGAUACUGAUAUAAGAAACGACAUUUCAAGAUACCAUUGCAACAAAUUGAGCAAAACAAUUGGUUUGAGCAUUUUGGGGUAUAAUUUGGGCUCAGUAUCAAUGGAAACACAAACCAGUUUUUGGACCAUACAUAAUGCUCAACUAGGUAUACCAUUAUUCAAUUCAACUGAUGCAAGAAAAUGGUCCAUUCAAGAAGUAGCUUCAUAUGUUCAAAAAGUGGUGGAUUAUUAUAAAUCAAAUAUUAAUACCAACAAAGAAAUGAGUAUAUCUGAUCGUUUUAUUGAACAGGAAAUUGAUGGUGAUUCAUUUUUAAUGUUAACUCAAGAUGAUAUCAUGAAAAAAUUAAAAGUUCCACUAGGUCAAGCAUUAAAAAUAACCAAUGCCAUUAUAAUGUUAAGACAACGAGUAUCCGGAUAUGAAUGUAUGUAGUUGUAACCUACAUUCCUGGACAUUAAAAUAUUGACUUUUACUUUUAAUAUGAAACUUUAUAUCAUAUAUAUCUCAUAACAUUAUUAUUUUUAAAAACCUAAUUCUAAGCAUUUUUUUGU